AUGUCGGGGACGGUCUCGUGCGCGCCUGAGGCGUUUCUCUUCGGCAUGCUCGGUGCCGCUGGGUCCCUGGCAUUCGCCAACAUCGGCGCUGCCUUCGGAACGGCGAAGGCCGGUGUGGCAGUGGCGCAUCUCGGCAUUGUGCAGCCCGGGCGCGUGAUGCGGGGUAUCGUGCCUGUGGUGAUGGCGGGUAUUUUGGGCAUCUACGGCCUUAUUGUCUCCGUAAUAAUCAGCAACAACAUGAAGACGACCGGAUACAUGUUGUUCUCGGGCUACAUGCACCUUGGCGCGGGCCUGGCAGCGGGCAUCGCAUCCCUUGCCGCCGGCUACGCCAUCGGCAUUGUCGGUGACAUUUGCUGCUACGCGUACGCCAAGACGGAGAAGAUAUUUGUGCCGAUGAUUCUUAUGCUCAUCUUUGCCGAGGCCCUCGGCCUCUACGGCCUCAUCAUCGCCCUGCUGAUGAACAACCGCGCCACGGCGGUCACUACGGCUUGUGUGUAG